AUAUUAGCUCGAACCAGGAGUGUGAUAGAAUUCUGCGAUUUCUCUCCUUUUUGCUCUUUCCAUUUUCUCCUCGAACAAAACCCCCCACCCCCUUAUUUUUUUUUUCACCUUUUCUUAUCCUCAACGUCAAUCUUAUACGUUCAGGGAUCCAGGGUUUCGGGAUAGAUUUUGAGGGGUUGUGAUGGAAAAUGGCGUGAGUAAGGUGGAACAACUGAAGUCAAAAGUAGAGCAAUUUGAUGUAGAUGUGUUGGGAGAUGGGGUGAAGGGUGUGGGAACUGAUGAUGUUUUCGAGGAGGCAAGUGGUUUUGUUGAUAGCGUAUCGGCAACAGUGGAGGUGGAAGAAGUUCUUGUUGGUAGUGAAGAUGAAAGUGGUGAGAAUGGUGGGGAUUUGGGUGUUUCUUUAGAGUUAGAUGGGAGCGUAAAUGCGGGCCAAGUAGAGAAGUUUGAUGAUGCAUGUGGGACUCCUGAGAUACAAAUGGUUAACGAAAAGGUUCAUGUCGAUCCUUUUGAGGAACUUAUAACGAAGAAGGUGAUUGAUGAGGAAAGUACUUCUGGUAAUAUUACCAGGGAUCAACCCAUUAUGAUAGAUGAUGGCAAGCUUGUGAAUUGUGGUCGACAAGAUGGGAAAGUGCUUAAUUUGGCAGAGGUUAUUGAGGAGAGAAAUGCACUUGACAGUACUGCCAGCAUUCAGCCAAGUGGAUUGGAAGCUAAUGAGGCUGUGAAUGGUGGUAAUAGUGAGGCAAAGGUGCUUAAUUUGGUGCAGGUGGUCGAGGGAGAAAGUACUACUGAUGAUGCUACAAGGGCUCAAGCUAGUGAGUUGGAAACUGGUGUGUCAGUGGUUGGUAGAAAAGAUGAAAGUGAAGUGGUGGGAGUGACUGAUGAACAUAACACUUGUAUUGAUGUAAGCAUAGAUGAGCCAAAUGUGUUGGAAACUAAUGGGGUUAUAGACAUUGGGGUAAAUGAGGUCAUACAAGUAUCUGAUGCAGAUAAUAAUGAGGGGCAGCCAACGAUGUUGGAAGAUCUUCUUGAGGUUACCAAGAAGCCGGUUGCUGUUAUCUUAGGAAAUUCUGAAAAUGGAGUUUCAGACAUUGUUGAUUUGGAUGAAAAUGUGAUUCAUGAAGAUCGCAUUAAUGGAGAUUCCAUGAGUCACCGAACACAGCCAGAUGGUGAUAUAGGAGAUGAAGCGAACGGAGAUGUUAUAGAUCAACCUCAAGAAGAUGUGAAUGAAAAAGAUAUGUUGGUUACUGAAGGUAAAGAUGAUGACAGUAUGACUCAGAAGGAGAAGAUUGAAAUUUCAAGAAAUAAUUUGCUUGAUAUGCAGAAUGAACUGAAAGUUGAAGAAACUGAAGAAGGGGAACAGGAAACUAUUGAUCUGUCUUCAGGGCAUCAGAAUGAUAGAAACCUGGAACAAGGAAGUACGUCAGCCAUUGAUAAGCAUGAUAAUCGUGUAGAGAGCCUUAAUUCAGAAGACAGCAUGCAUGUUUCCGUGGAGGAAAGGACAGUAACUCCUGAGGUGGAAAGGCGUCCUUUAGAUGUAGUAGAGGAUGAGCAAAAUGAAGUUAUCUUGAUGAGAGCAGGGAAUGUAGGUGUAAAGCUUUCUGAGCCCGUAGCUGGUCCUUCUGAAAAAAAUGAGCCAAAAGAUUGUGAGGUGAAACAAGAUAAGCCAGUGAGCAAAGAACCAGGAUUGAGGCCUGUUAUAGGUGUCUCUUUAUCUACAGAAAAAGCUGCCACUCUGACUGCCACUCCGACUCCUGUUCCAAAGCCAAAACAUGAUCCACCUAACCAAUCCCCCAUUCCCAAUUCCAAACUUACCACCGUUCCCACUCCGGCUCCAUCCCAACCCCCGACACGCCCUGCUGGUCUUGGCAGUGGGGCCCCACUACUGGAACCUGCUCAUCGUGUGGUGCAAUCUCAGGUAAACGGGAAUGUUUCUCCUCUGCAAAAUCAAGUCAUUGAUGAACCAACAAAUGGGGAGGCUGAGGAAAAUGAUGACACUCGUGAAAAGCUCCAGAUGAUACGGGUUAAGUUUUUGCGCCUUGCCCGUAGACUUGGGCAGACUCCUCAUAAUGUUGUUGUGGCCCAAGUCUUGUAUAGAUUAGGAUUGGCUGAACAACUGCGAGGUAGAAAUGGAGGUCGUGUUGCUGCAUUUAGCUUUGAGCGUGCUAGUGCCAUGGCUGAGCAAUUGGAGGCAGCCGGGCAAGAACCCCUUGAGUUUUCAUGCACAAUCAUGGUUCUUGGGAAAACGGGAGUUGGGAAAAGUGCAACCAUCAACUCAAUAUUUGAUGAAGUUAAGUUUGGCACUGAUGCUUUUCAACUGGGAACGAAAAAAGUUCAGGAUGUUGUUGGAACUGUGCAGGGUAUCAAAGUACGUGUUAUUGACACACCAGGCCUUCUUCCUUCGUGGGCAGAUCAAAGGAAGAACGAGAAAAUCCUUCACUCUGUUAAACGGUUUAUCCAAAAAUCCCCUCCAGAUAUUGUUUUGUAUCUUGAUAGGUUGGACAUGCAAAGUAGAGACUUUGGUGACAUGCCUCUUCUGCGAACUAUAACUGAUAUAUUUGGCCAGUCUAUAUGGUUCAAUGCAAUUGUGGUCUUGACCCAUGCUGCAUCAGCACCUCCUGAAGGCCCAAAUGGUACAGCCACUAGUUAUGACAUGUUUGUGACCCAACGGUCCCAUGUGGUCCAGCAAGCCAUCAGGCAGGCUGCUGGUGAUAUGAGGCUUAUGAACCCUGUUUCAUUAGUGGAGAACCACUCAGCAUGUAGAACGAAUCGGGCUGGGCAGAGAGUUUUGCCAAAUGGCCAAGUGUGGAAGCCUCACUUGCUACUACUUUCGUUUGCUUCAAAGAUCUUGGUUGAGGCCAAUAUGCUUCUAAAGUUGCAAGACUCUCCACCUGGAAAGCCUUUUGCAGCCAGAACUAGAGCACCACCUUUACCUUUCAUUCUUUCGAAUCUUCUACAAUCAAGACCUCAGCUGAAGUUGCCUCAAGAGCAGUUUGGUGAUGAUGAUGAUGACACUUUAGAUGAUGAUUUAGAUGAGUCAUCUGAUGAAGAAUCGUCGGAAUAUGAUGAACUACCACCGUUCAAACGGUUGACUAGUUCCCAAUUAACAAAGCUUAGUAGGGCACAGAAGAAGUCUUAUUAUGAUGAAUUGGAAUAUAGGGAGAAGCUCUUCAUGAAGACACAGUUGAAGGAGGAGAAGAAGCGGAGGAAGAUGAUGAGAAAAAUGGCAGAGGCAGCUAAGAACUUUCCAAGUGAUCUGAAUGAUAAUAAUGUAGAAGAAGACAGUAAUGGUGCUGCAACAGUGCCUGUUGCUGUCCAGGAUAUGAAUUUACCUGUUUCGUUUGAUGCAGAUAAUCCUGCCCAUCGGUAUCGAGCUCUUGAUUCUGCCAACCAGUGGCUCAUUAGGCCUGUACUCGAUCCACACGGUUGGGAUCACGAUGUUGGUUAUGAAGGAAUUAAUGUGGAACACUUGCUUGCACUCAAAGAAAAGAUACCAGUAUCAUUUUCUGGUCAGAUUACAAAAGAUAAAAAGGAUGCUAAUCUGCAGAUGGAGGUAUCAAGUGCAAUGAAACAUGGCAAAGCCAAAUCAACCACUGCAGCGUUUGAUAUGCAGACUAUUGGAAAGGAGAUCUCUUAUACUCUACGUAGUGAAACUAGGUUCAUCAAUUACAGGAAAAACAAAGCAUCGGCUGGUCUUUCAGCUACUUACAUUGGUGAUGCCUUAACUGGUGGAGUGAAGUUUGAGGACAAGUUGGUGAUUAAUAAACGAGGACAGUUGGUUGUGGCAGGAGGAGCCGUUAUUGGUCGUGGUGAUGUUGCUUACGGGGGUAGCUUGGAGGCUACUUUAAGAGAUAAAGAUUAUCCUUUGGGUCGGUUUUUGUCAACCAUAAGUCUCUCAGUUAUGGAUUGGCAUGGGGAUCUCGCACUUGGAUGGAAUGCACAGUCUCAGAUCCCUAUUGGACGCUUUACUAAUCUGAUUGGUCGCGUCAAUUUAAAUAAUAAGGGUUCAGGACAAGUUAGUGUUCGCUUGAAUAGCUCAGAACAGCUUCAAAUUGCAUUAGUUGCGUUAGUUCCCCUAUUCAGUAAGCUACUUGGGUACUAUCAGCCUCGGGAUUCAGCAUAUUGAUGACAUAUUUUUGGUCACUGUUAUCUGGAGAUUGAAGGAAGUUCUGUGGUGUAUGCCACAGGAGUGCAUGCAGUUGAUGACGAACAUAUUGGGUUGAUAUCUGAAAUAAUUGGCAAAAAGGAAGAGGCAUUAGCAAGUGUAGUUGGUAAAUGCACAGAGAGAGUGUAGCAGUAGAGGUAGAUUUGAUGCUUGAUAUAGAGACUUGUGGUCUGCUGGUUACUUAGAGAAGAAUUUUAGCUAUUAUUGUAUCAUAAGAAGUAUAAUGAGCAUGAGACUCGCUAAGUCCUUUCAUUUGUUCUUUUCCCCCCCUUUUUCUAGUAGUAUGCACAAUUUGUUUUGGUUCAAGUUUUAUGGUGGUGGUGAAUUGAUCAAGUUGUUUGCCAUUUGGUUUCAUAUAAUAAUGUAGUCAAUGAUAGAGGUUUUGAAAC